CCAGUAAUAGUCGCUUACCAAUGACGUUUUUGCAUGGGCAAAAGUGUAAAAGGUUAAAUUGCACUCCUUAUUGUUGGUAGACUAAAGCAAGAUUAUUUUAUUUUAGAUUUUGGGAAUAUCUGUUGUCUUUUGUGAGAAGUGGGUAUCUGGAAAAUCUAUUAGUAGAGGUUUCUAAUGUUCCAGUGAUUUCUUUGGGAAUUAUCGGGCUUAAUGUAGCAAGCAUGUUACUAAGAAGCCUAAGCAGCACUUUAAGGUCCUAUCUGAGGAAAGGAACCAGUGGUCUUACUGCAUUCUGCCCAUUGCAGACAUCCAAAGGAAAGAGCUGUUUACUUAUUUCUGUCUGUGAUUACAGCUCUUAUUCAGAAGUUAAACAGCGAACCUACUGGCAGUACUUGAAACGUAAAAUUAUUGCACCACCAGCACCCCCAUAUUUCCAUGUGUGCCAGGUGGGUGACCCAGUGCUUCGAGGCAUUGCCAAGCCUGUGAAUCCUUCAGAGAUAACCAGCCCUGAUAUGCAGAAACUUGUAAAAACUCUUAUCAAAGUAAUGAGAAAAGUGGAUUGUGUUGGUCUCAGUGCCCCCCAAGUUGGAGUUCCUCUUCAGGUGCUGGUUCUAGAGUUCACUGAACAGAAGUACAAUGAGUCUUCCCUGCAUUUGAGAGAAAUUCGUCAGCUUGCUCAUUUUCCCCUCAAAGUGUUUGUGAACCCAAGCUUGAGAGUACUGGACUCUAGAAGCUUUUCUUUCCCAGAGGGCUGUGCAAGUUUGUCUGGAUUUUCAGCAUGUGUUCCCCGGUAUCAAGCUGUAGAAAUCUCAGGUCUGAAUGAGAAAGGUGAACCAGUAUCUUGGCAAGCUAGUGGUUGGCCAGCUAGGAUUAUUCAGCAUGAAGUAGACCAUUUGAAUGGAGUGCUGUACAUUGAUAAAAUGGACAGCAGAACUUUUGUAAACAGCUGCUGGAUGGAAAGUAACGAAUGACUAUGCUGUAUUGAAAUCAAACUUUGGGUGUGUAAGGAUACAUCUCCAGAAAGAGUCUGGUAUUAUUUGUGGAUUAAAUGAGUUUUCCUCUACACCAAUAACCUAACUGGAGCGGCUGCAUUUUUUUUGGGGCGCACGUAGCCUUAGACCCUUGACUGGAUGUUCUUGCUAUUUCUUAAAACCAUUUUGGUAGGUUAUUUUAUCCGCUGACUAAUUUUUAUGAAUGUUAAUUGGAAUCUAGAUGUAAAAGAAUAACAGCAAUUAAAAUUUCAAGAAAAUAUGAUUUCUAAGUGGUGGUUUUAAUUUUGGAUGUCACUUUUAGAUGUGUUUGUAUUGUUGGUGUUAUUUGUCUUCCUCUGAGCAAACCUGGCUGAUGGCUCAUUUGUCACUUUUGUGGGUGUUGAUGAUUUUGGGAAGAUUAUAUUACUGAGCUUUCCAGUUAGAGGCUCGCAGGUGGAACCAAAAACCAUAAUGGUAAUAUUUCAUGAAAAGCCCCAUUAUUGCUCUUUCUUUUUAAGAAUAUGUAGGAAAAUCGUAGCACUCAAAAGUUUAUGGCAGUGGACUUCACUCAUUCUCUUUCAGUCUAUAAAAUGAUACACUGACUGACCUGUUUUUUCCAGGAGAUGCUUAUUUAAACAGACAGCUCUCUGAUGACUGUUUUUUUUUUUUGGAAAAAGCUUCAUUUUGAUGAAGAUGAAAUGGGUAUGUUGUUUUUGUGUCUAUUAAUGCUAGUAUUUUUAUCUACAGCUACCUUAAAGUACUUUAACAGUUUUAUGUAUGUAUUUAACAUUAGCUAAGAAGAAUAGCUUGAUUUUAGAGUUCAUUAGAGCUCAUCAAACAGAUGGUAACUGUUUCUUGUAAACAUUUAGCCUUGAAAGAAAGUUAUGAUAUUAAGUCUGCUGAAAAGGAACAAAUUAAACUGUCAAAAAAGCAAAGCAGUAGAGCAUAAGAAAUGUCUUAUCGUAUACAUACCCUAGUAUCUGGGUACUCCAUACAGCCUUGGAAAUGUGUUUAUGUGUAAUCACAAAUUAAAAAAGUUUUGAACUUUG